AUGUGUUGUUUUUGCUUCAAUCUUCACCGUCAUCAGAUUCAUCUGAUCAGGUAUGCUCUAAAUUAAAGUCAUCUUAAUAUCUCAGAUGUGCAUUAUAUUACAUAAUAUAUUUCAUUUUACAGUUAUGGGUGUGUCGCAUUCAGCCUUAUUUCCACGGGUCUCGUCUUCACAGUUUUUGCUAUUUUUCAAAAGGACACACAGAUCGGUAAGAUCUGGCUAGCCGGGCCCACCACAAUGGUCGUUGGAUUGGUCUUGGUCGGAAAAGUAAGGCAAAAUUUCCAUUUAAAGAGACUUAAAGAUGGGCACACUUAAUGACAAAGGGCCCUUCAGAUUGCAUGUUAAAUACACACUCAAACACAAAAUUGUUUUUAUUAUGAUGAAAUAAGUUUAAAAAUUUUUGUAGUCCAUGGCUUAGUAAAUACAUACAUCUGGCAAGUCUUCUGUAUUUGUAAAGAUGUAAGUGUAAUUCCAAAUUUUGAAAAACGUUUGAACUAUGAUGUAAGACUGUUAGAAGUGAAGUCUUCAAAACUACUUUUACAUAUUUCGACUUUAAAGAAAUUUACACUUACAUUUUCACACUUGAAAAUUAGAUUUGUCAAGCUAACCGCCACUCUGACAGGCUUACUUCAGAAUUUCCACCUUUUUAAAAUUAAAAUUAAAACAAAAAUAACAUUAAAAAAAUUAUUAGGUGAUCAUUGAUUGGGGUCCAGCGAUGACUCAUGGCCGUCAUGGAUCCAUAGAUUCCGCGUUUCUGGAGCAGAUGCAAAUGGGAAUCCCCAACGGAGAUCCCUCCAAGUUCGCGUUACCUCGCACUCCCAUCAUGAUCGACAGGCCAGAAUUCAAAUUUAAUGGUGCUUUGGGAGCAAAUGGAUAUCGGCAAUCAUUAACGCAAACUCAUCUCCCUCGCGAGAUGAAUCGACCGCCGAGUUUGGUAAUUGCCAAUCAUAUGAGUAUUAAAAAAGAUGGAAAUGAAGUGUUAGAUGAACAAGCCGGACUGAACGGAGCCAUCGAUUGUAUUGUUUAUGGCCAGUAUGAAAGUACUUCUAACAGUAAUGUAAGUUGAUCUGCUUUCAGAGAUAUUUCGGAUUGAUAGUUUAAUAUAAUACAAUUAUUGAUUAUUUGCAGGCUUCAAGUUAUGCAGCUCUAAGUCAGAGUGAUUCCCUGAAGAGAACAGGAAGUCUUAUGAGUUCAAAACGAAGUCAUUCCCUGAGAUCUGGCCAAAGCACUCCGAUGCCCCCAUCUCUUCCGCCUCCCAAUUAUGGAGAAUGUAAUUGUACACAUGUGAUGGGAAAGAGUUGCACGGCUUCCCUCAACUCCAACAAUAAUAAUUAUCAGGUGAUCCUUUCACAAUCUCUAUCUUUAUACUCGGGAGGCCAUUAUUUAAACAAUUAUUUAGGACUAUGGCAGUAUUCAUCGUGCAUCAAUCUCCCCUUCCGUUUCUUCGCCGACCCCACCUACAAAACGAUCGGACUCUGUGAAUUCAAAUCGGACUCCGCCCAAUGCCGGACCGUCAGCCAAUCAGCGCUCGGGGAGUGAUCGGCCUUUGAUCCAACCAGUUCGGCCGCCUCCCCCUCCUCCGCCUCCUCGGAAUGCCCAUCUUUAUCAAGGGGAGACCUUCAUCAUCAACGAAAGGAGUUAUCUGAUUUGA